GUCUCAAGCGUGCGCUCUAUUUGGAUCCAUUCGAAUGGAUUAUUUCGUACAACUUAGGUUUGGUGCAUCUCAACACUGGGCAGUUCGCUUCCGCAUUUCACUUCUUUUCCGCGAGUAUCAACCUGAAGCCGGACUUCCCCUCUUCAUACAUGUAUUUGGCGAUAACGCUUUCCCGUUUGGACGACUUCUCCAAUGCGUGUAGUGCCUAUGAGAAGGCGAUAGAGAUGGAUUCCGACCACAUGUUUCAUUUGAACUUUGCCAUAACAUUGUUCAACCACGGAGAGCUUGCAGAGGCCAAACGGCAAUUUGUGCUGUUCAAUGAUUUGUUCCAGCAGCUGGACGAAGAGCAAAGGAACUCGGACCCAGAGGUGAAUGAGCAAAGACAGCUCCUUCAACGAGCCCUCAAGGUGGCUUCAAUGGUGAAGAGAGCUUUGUGUAUUGGAUGCAACUAUCCAAGCAAGGCAUUCGGAUUGGCUGGUGCAGUGAACGAUGCAUUCCUCAUUGCAGAGACCCUUCAGGUGCAUAUGGGCUUCUGUCACGAGAAUGUGUGCGUUUUGCACGAUGUGUACCCUGGGCAGAAGAAGUCCUUGAAGGUAGAACCUGCAAAGUGCCCAACUCGAGUCAACAUACUACAGCAGUUGCAGCAAAUGGUGCGGCAAACACGCCCUGGAGAUGUACUGUUCUUUUCUUUUUCCGGGUAUGGCCUGCAGGUUGACGACAUGGACGGCUACCAAGACGAAGGGUAUGAAGAAGCUAUUCUGCCAACCGACUUUGUUGAUGGCAGAGACGGCGACUACAGCGUCAUUUGCACAAAUGACCUCCAUGAUGUCUUGUUGGGAGUGCCUCACAAUGUGGUAGUCACCGCCGUCAUGGACUGCGAUCACGCCACCACUCUUAUCGACAUUGGUGGUACUUUAGAUGGUUCUUUGGUGAGCGGUCUCAAGUACAGCAGCUUCUGCGGGUUCCAGGCGCAUUCCACAAAGAUGAUCCUGGCAAAUCAUGAACGAGAUGUGUGGCAGGAAGAAAAGGCUCGUUCAGUUCAUGCUCGCCCGCGAUUUCAGCCGGUCAUGGAGAUUGACAAUCCUCGGAAGGGCAGGCUACCAACAAGACCAGCCAUGUCGCGUUCGUCGUCAAUAGCUUUUUGUUAUUCAGCAGCUGGGCAUGGUCAAACAGCCAUGGAAAUGAAGAUGACGCUGCCGGGUGUGGAUGGGCAAGAACCUACAGUCAAGCAACACGGGGUCUUGUCUUGGUGCUUCGCUCGCGCUUUGGAAGAAUUGAACUUCUCUGGCACGUACUUCGAUCUUCAAGAGGAAAUUCAGCAGCAGAUGCAGACCAUCAAAAGUACUGCUUUGCCACGCAUGGAUCAGGACAGACCGACACGACACGAGGGCAAAAGGCUUGGUGGGUCCGUGGAGAUCGGCAAUGGCACUAUAUAG